AUGUUUUACAACUAUAUAUAUCGCCAUGCUCCUAUUCGACCUAUUCGCGUGAAGCAUCUACCUGCACCUUGGCUAACUAAAGAAAUUAAGGACAUCCAGAUCAUUAAAAACAAGGCGAAAUCUAAAUUUAAAUCCGACCCUGAUAAAUAUCGGGACCAGUACAUUAAAGCUAGAAAUCACUGCAAUAAGGUGUGUAGAGAGGCACAACGACGCCAUAUUCAUAAAUCUGUCGAGAAUGGUAAUCCGGCCAAAGUCUGGAAAUUUCUCAAAUCUCUAGGGGUUGGUAAAGAUCGUAAUCCCAUCAGUAAUUCUUUCAAUGUCAACAUAGACAACCUUAAUAGGCACUUCUCAUCUUCCUUUGUUAUUAACAACAACAUGAAAACAAAUACGUUAAAUCUCCUUUCAACUACUCCAACUCCUGAUUAUCCAAGUUUUAAGUUUAAUCUAGUUACUAAUUGUGAUGUUGAGAAGAGCUUGUUAUCAAUCAACUCUGAUGCCAUGGGUACUGAUGGUGUUGGUCGUACUAUGGUCCAUCUUAUCCUCGAUAUUAUCCUCCCUACAAUCUCCACAAUUUUUAACAACUCCCUAUCCUCUAGUUUUUUCCCUUCCAUCUGGAAAGAUGCCCAUAUUAUUCCUCUUCCUAAAAUUAGUAAGCCGUCUUCUUUUUCCCAUUACCGUCCCAUCUCUAUUCUUCCUUUCCUUUCUAAAGCUCUUGAACGACUUGUCCAUGAUCAACUUAGUAAAUUCCUAUCAAGAAAUGACCUGUGA